ACAUUUACAGUUUUGCACCUACAUUGCAUUUAUAUUUUGAUUGUUUCUGGCGUUUAAAUAUAAUGUCUGAACCAGUGAUUGUUGUGCACGGUGGAGCAGGAAAUAUACCAGACAAUCGUGAUCAACCAAAGUUUGAUGGAAUUUUAACUGCUAUCAGAAAGGCUCAUGCAAUCUAUAAACAAACAUCAUCUAUUAUGGAUGCAUGUCAAGCCGCUGUUGAGUACAUGGAAGAUGAACCGGCAUUCAAUGCAGGUCGUGGAUCAGUGUUAAAUCUGAAGGGUGAAAUUGAAAUGGAAGCUCUUAUUAUGGAAGGAAAAGACAUGAAGGCUGGGAGUGUUACUGGUGUAAGAAACAUUGCACAUCCAAUAGCACUAGCCAGAAAAGUGAUGGAAAAUACUCCUCAUGUAUUUUUGAUGGGUGCAAGUGCUAAUGAGUUUGCUCAAAAAAUGGGAUUUGAAACUGUCAGUGAUGAUUAUCUGAUAACAAGUGAUGCAAGAACAGGCUUGGACAAUUUUUUUAAAUCGGGCAGCGAACCCAUUACUACUGAAAUUGGACAUGGAGGUGUUGGAACUGUUGGUGCAAUUGGUAUGGAUAGAAACGGUGGGCAUAUGGUGUCAUGUACUUCUACAGGAGGAAUCACUGGCAAAAUGGCAGGUAGGGUUGGUGAUACACCUGUUCUUGGUGCUGGUGGUUACUGUGAUAAUAAUGUGGGCACUAUUUCAACUACUGGCCACGGUGACAGCAUAAUGCGCUAUUGUUUGGCUCAAAGAAUAAUGCAAAAUUUGGAAAAUGGUGAAACUCCAGAUGUUGCAGCUCAGAAAGCAUGUGAUGGUAUGUCUGCCCGUGUGGGUGGCAGUGCUGGAGCUAUUGUUAUUUCCAAGAGUGGGGAAGUUGGUAUUGGUUUUUCUUCUCCUAAAAUGGCAUGGGCCUACUUAAAAAAUGGAAUAAUUUAUUAUGGAAUUAGAAAAGGUGAACAGUUUUCGGUUAAGUUAUAAAAAAUAACCUAUUGCUAACCAUAGUUAACCAUUAACAGAAUUGGUAACUACUUUCUGCUUGUAAUUUGUAUUCAUGUAUUAAAUAUGGAUAAAUUCAACUAGAAAAAUGGACAAUAGUCAUUAAAUGUCAAAAAAAGAGAAUUUAUUUUAGAAUGGUAUUUCAACACAUAGUUUUACAGUAAAUAUUCAUAUUUUUAAUAUAAUAAUUGUGGUUAAAGUAUUAAAGAAUAAACAAAGAUCAAUAAGUUUUGCUACCUAACCACUAUCAAGUGGUUAUUAAAGUUUAAUAGGUACUAUACAUAUAAUAAUUUAAAAUGUUCACAUUACUCUUCAGCCUUAAAUUAUUUGCGAGUUAGUAAAGCGGAGCUUGAUAAACCUGUUUGGAGAUUAUUUUGGAACUUAUUUACAAACUUAUUCAGCUAUUAUUACUUAAUAGUUUGAAAAUAUUAGAAAUAUAACCAGAAAAAAUAAUAUUUCUAUAAUAAAUAAAUAUUUG